AUUCACAGUCUCUCAUGUAGAGGAUAGAGAAAGAAAGGAGAGAAACAAGAAGAAGGGCACACGAAGAAGAGGAAGGGAGCAGCAAAACGACCAUGGCAAUACCCAAAACGUCUCAGCUUGAGAUAGUGUCCGAUCACAGCACACCUCUACCGCCGUCGACUACUGCACGGACCAUGCAGCCGCACAAAAGACAGAGCCCAGAUGAAUGAGGAGCUGUACCUGGGCCGUGGACAAAAUGAGGGUCAUCUUCAUCCAAAACGCCGGUUUCGUCGCAGCUUUCUCGCCUUUUAGAUGUGAGUCGGUGAUGUUGGCAGCGUUUAGGACAACAGAUAAGGUGAACGAGCCAGAAUUAACCACAGCUAGAUCAUGCAAGUCGACUGAGGAGUGAGGAGAUCAGACCGAUUGAUUUAGUGUUUCUUUUAUUGGGAUAGAGUUUGCACAUACAUUAUAGCCAAUUUAUCAUAUUUAAAGCCAGCGUAUGUUCAGUUUCCGGCAUGCAGCCUGCUGUCGAAAUCUGAAUACAUAUUUUAUUACAUAUUGGCAAAUAGAAUAACAUUUAUCCAGUGAUACAGGACUAUGUAUCAGGUAAUUAUGGACCGAUAAUGUCCUUACAGACUCUUUGUGCUUAAUCUAUUAGCAGAUUAAUUAUAUAGCAAUAAUAACAUGAAUAGGUAGGAGGAGUGUCUCUGUUCGCUUUGAUCAAAGCCAUUGAUCAACUAAGACAAUCUGGAAAUGUUAGUUUCCAUGUGUAAUUAUAGGCUAUGACUAAUAGGCUAAGCGUUAUUCCUUGUAAUUUAUUUAUUUAUUAAUAGCCUACUGUUAUUAGACCUAUAAGUAUUAUAUUAUCAAUUUAUUUUAGGUAGGUAGUUUGAAAUAUUUAACAGUGGGAAGGUUAUUAAAAAACUUCCCUAGUGAGAUGGAAACCUCUUAUUUAUCGCCCCACCGGGGGGCACCCCGUCCCGAGGCCCAGAGAGGCCAAACCUCAGCGGGCAAACCGGCGGGGGGUGACCUCUCCCCUUCACCUCCACCUCCAAUACUACCUGCCGGCACCUCACCCGAAGAUACCCCGGCAAGCAGUGAUGGACGGAGAAACUCGGGCGUGAAGAAACACCACCACAAGCACAACCUGAAGCAUCGCUACGAGCUGCUGGAGACGCUAGGAAGAGGCACAUAUGGCAAGGUCAAGAAGGCCAUCGAGCGACACUCCGGCAGAGAGGUGGCUAUCAAGUCGAUUCGGAAGGAGAAGAUCAAGGACGAUCAGGACAUGGUUCACAUCCGACGAGAGAUUGAGAUCAUGUCAUCCCUUCGCCACCCACACAUCAUCUCUAUAUAUGAAGUGUUUGAAAACAAGGACAAGAUUGUGAUUGUGAUGGAGUACGCCAGCAAGGGCGAGCUGUAUGACUACAUCAGCGAGCGCCGGCGCCUGAGCGAGCGGGAGACGCGACACUUCUUCAGACAGAUAGUCUCCGCCGUGCACCACUGCCACAAGAAUGGAGUGGCCCACAGGGAUCUGAAACUGGAAAAUGUGCUACUGGAUGAAAACGGUAAUAUUAAGAUUGCUGAUUUUGGACUGUCCAACCUCUACCAUAAGGACAAGCUGCUGCAGACCUUCUGUGGCAGCCCGCUCUAUGCUUCACCAGAGAUUGUCAAUGGGAGACCUUACCGUGGCCCAGAGGUGGACAGCUGGGCUCUGGGGGUGCUGCUGUAUACCCUGGUCUAUGGGACGAUGCCAUUUGAUGGGGGAGACCACAAGAACCUCAUUCGCCAGAUUAGCAACGGCGACUACAAAGAACCUACUCAGUCCUCAGAUGCACGUGGACUGAUCCGCUGGAUGCUGAUGGUGAACCCCGAGCGCCGGGCCACAAUAGAAGACAUAGCCAACCACUGGUGGGUGAACUGGGGCUGGAAGAACAGCGUGUGCGACUGCGAGACCCAACGAGACCACGGAGGCUCGCCCAUGCUGGCACGCUUCAUCGAAUGGCAGAACCGCACUGAGCCACGUGGUUCUGGAGCCAAGGCUGCAGCCGCGCCCCAGCUGCUGCGUCAGAGGCCCAAGAAGUCCAAGAAGGAAAACGGCGAGGCAGGAGAGGCCCACUGUGGAGAAGAAGACAAGCCCGGGCUGAAGAGACCCAAGGGGAUCCUGAAGACCAGGCUCACUGAAGAGCAGCGAGCCUCCAGUCUGGAAGAAGCCGAGUCGGGCCAGGGAGCGCUGCCUCAACAAGCUGAAGGGGGAGAUGACGCCUCAAGCCCAGAUCAAGAAGAAGAAGACGAGCGGAGUUCGGGUGGAGGCUCGCCAGCUAAGAUGGUGCCCUCUCUGCCCAGGAAAGGCAUCUUGAAGAACAACCAACAGAGGGAAUCAGGGUACUACUCCUCGCCAGAGCGCAGCGAGUCCUCCGAGCUUUUAGGGGGCGCCAGUAUGUCUCUGCUAGCCACCUCCCCGCCAAGGAGAGCGAUGGGGAGAAAGGGCAUCUUGAAGCGAAACGGCAAGUACUCCACCUACAGCGGGCCUCCAUCAGCAGCAGCGGUGGCUGGAGUCCUCGGCGAGCCUUCUCCAUCAACCGACUCUGGUCUGUCCCGCAGUCAGAGCCGUCCCUCCAGCAUCGUCGGGGAGGACAGCUCCGCCCUGUCCCUGUCGCCCAGCUCCCUCAGCGGGGCCGAGUGGCAUUCCUCCACCCCCCACCUCCGCCCAAACAUCAGGGCCUGCGUCUCGGCUGAAAACCUGCUGCAGCUCGCCAACUUCAAGGGCUUCCAGACUGCCCCACCGCUCCAGGGAUCCAAGUUCAGCCGUGGCUCCAAAACGAAAGGUUCCCCGGGGGACAACGGCAGCUUCUCCCUGCUGGGGGACCUGGAGGACAUGACUCAGGUGUACCAGCAAGCCCUGGACAUCAGCGGCAACCUCACCUAACAGAUGGGUGGCAGAGAGAAUCCAACAUGACUGUGUGUGUGUGUAUGUGUGAACGGAGACAGGCGGCAUUAACGACCAGUGUGUUGCUGGGAUACACCUUUUGGGAAGUAGUGGUUUUCCAAAUGGGCCUGAAAUCUUGAUAAGAUGUCUUCGCACAUACACACACACUUAGGUGCACUUCUCUGGCCAGAGGGAAAUCCAGUUAGGGUUUUUUGAACCAGAGAGAGGAGCUGGCACGAGAAUGCCACCCAGUCGGCUUUCUUGGCCCGCCCAUAGACUUUGCUGUGUUCAACAUGUUUACAUAUUCAGCAAGAAGGCAAGUUAGAAUCACAAACGCAGCAACCAGGUUGGCUCUCCUUGUACCACGCAUUCUGAGUUUAAGUUUACACGAGCACCUUAAAACUCACGGAGAGCACAUGCUUUUGUGAUCUUUACUUCCUUUAAAAAAAAGAAAAGAAACAAACCAGGGUCUUGUUCCAAAAAUAACUGACAUUGCUGAUUAUUUAUUAAUAUUUUUGUAGCUUCUCUAGUGCAAAACUGGUGGGUGCUGGCUGUUACUGGAAGAGUCUAAAUCUCCAACUCUUUGUGUGGAACUGACAUAUAUAAUUAUGUUACUCAGUGAUGAGAAACAUAUAUAUACUCAGCAUAUAUAACUGUGUCUGCGCUUGUAAAACAUGCAGGCAAAUAUACUUUCAGAAAAGCGUAUGUCCUAUAUAUGUGUAUGAUACUAGGGAAUAUGUAGGAAGUGCCUUUUUUGAUUCAUAAUACAAGAUUAUGUAUGUCAUUUCCUUAAAGUGGAGGGAAAAGCCAGGCCAACCUGUCACCAGUUGUGCUUUUUGAAAUGUUUUUUUUGAAUGUGGAGAAACCCAGGGCCUUUAGCUCACAGCUGAAUAGCUUUACUCUGUCGCGGUUCAAAGGUCAAUCUCAAACAGUUGAGAUCAAACAGUCUCGUCUCCUUCCCCCCUGCUCCUAGAUUCACACACAGAUAUGCUAGGAUCUACAGGCCCCCUCAGAAAGAACUCCUCUGUGUUCUUUGUCAGUGUUUAAGCCCAUAGUUUGGGUUGUCAGCAGUUUAGGUGGUUUGGUUGCAUAUUUACUGGCAGCACCCUAGAUCUGGAGGGACUCACCUUGUGGGGCAUUUAGUGAAGGGAGAUGGCGCAGACACCAUCUCACAGUCCUGGAAUGUGCCUGGCUCUCUUAACCUUGGUUGUUUCACAUUUCCAGGGCUACCUAAUAGAACCGGCUUUUUAGUGAGAUAUUCAGUUUUCUUGUUGUUUGUUUAGCCAAAGACACAUAAGGUGGUUUUCAUUGUCAGACUAGUUAAUAUUUUACCCCUAAGCUCUUCAAAAGAGCUAGAUAGGCUGGUUUGUUUAGCCUGCUGAUGACACAUUGAAUUCCUCAGACAAAGGCUGGAGACGUGUUGGUGCUAGAGAUCUCUAUCAGCCCCGGCCCGACUCAGCACAGGUGGGUCUGCGGUCCGCACUCAGCCCUCCAGCUGUGUAUACUAGUCCAUUAUGUCAACCAAGCACAAUUAGCCAGCUAUUGUUUUCAUUUGAGAGUAAGAAAGAGGCAGUGUGUAAAGAUUUAUAGCUAGAGGGAGAAGAAAGGAGUUUUGAAAGAAUGAUGCUUGGGAAGGUGCUAAGAUAAGAAAGGACUUUCCUAUUAAACACAGGAAAGGUCAAGGAGUUCGAAAAGUUGUUGAAGGAAUUGCGAAGUAGAAUAGUGAACGUAAAGAAAGUGAGUAGAAAGAAUAGAUGGAAAGUAGUUGUUUUUACACCAAAGAUGUGAUGAAGCUUUGGGAUGAUUCAGGGGACGGAGAAGUCUGAAGUUAAUGGGAUUCCUCUGGAAUGUUCUUUGACUUUGGAAUCCCCAUUGGUGAAUGAAAUCAUCCCCGUUUUAGCUUUAGCUCACGGUUGUUUUAUUUUUCUUUUCAGCUUUUAUUUGAGAUGCCGGAGGCUGUUGGUACAGCUUGUCUUGAGGAUCAGUCAGUGUGUGACUUCUGUGUCCUGUAUGGCCUUAGAAAGUGUGUAACAUUUUUCCAAAGCAGUAAAACGUGGGAAAACGAUGACUGAUAUCCAAAAUAUGAAAUGAUGUAGAUGGAAAACCAUGCAGUAGACGACCCUGAGAGAAAAAGAUCACAUGUUGAAUGUUUUCAGGUCCUCUAGUGUAGAGCAAAGGUCCUGGGUAUGGAUUCAAAUAAAAGACCCAUUGCGUAUUAUAUUGCAUUUUAUUGCCUUUUGUAUUGCCUUUUAUUGUCAACUGGAUUUACAGUGAGAAAAUUAUACUAUGUUAGUAUUUUUGUUUUAUUAUGCUUCUGUUUUUGAUUUUCCAAAAUAUAAGAAACUUUAUAUUGCUUUAUGUUAUGGCAGAAAAUACUUCUUUCCUUGAAGUAUUAUAAUUUCUCUACAGAAAUGGACAAUUCUGAUCUGAAAUUGGUUAAGUCUCAGUUUUCUCCUGUUUUAAAACACUUGUGGGUUAGAGAAGCCCUUUAACAACCUCAAGAUAGCACAAACCAACUACAUUCAUUGGAAUAGAGCAAGUAUAUGUAUUAAUGUAUCAAUGGCCAACCAUAAGAAAAUUGCAUUUCCACCUCUACCAAAGCAGAGGAGGUCCAUAAAGCUGUAACAAAAUCAGGAGGAAAAGGAAAUAAAGCAAUGGAAAGAAUCUGACGAUGAUACUUAAACUCUGCCAAACUGGAAAACGUGGUGCAUAUCUGUUAGUUAGCAGAAAGUCUAAUCAUAGGAAAACUUGACUGGAUAUUGUUAUGACAAUAAUGAUAAGUUAGUAUUGAUAUGUUAUUUAAGUAUUAUUUUCGUUAUGGCUCAUUACUAUUGAUGGCUAUUGCCACAGUUUUUGUUGUCUGUUGGUGAUCCUGGACUGCCAAGGUGGAUUAAGUUGCGUGCCUUCGGUAUCUUUUAUGAACUGUUUUUUGAUAAUGAAAAUGAUUAUCAAUCUUUUUUUAUACUUGUAUUUAUUGGUGAUUAAGCCAUUUAAUUUGUUGUUAAAAUUCAUGUUCAUGCUUUUGGCCUGCUUUAGACUGUGUGUUGUGUCCAGGACGUACUGCACAAAAAGUAGUUUUUUCGAACUAAAAUUGUAUCAUCUCAUUGUGAGGCAGCAGCCAAGCGUGUAUUUUUAAGAUCAACAAAUCAAUAACAGUUCUUCAAAUCCUGUAAAAUGUCUUAAUUCAUCCAUCUGGGUGUAUUUCUACUCAACACGAUGCCUCUGUUGUACUGUAUCAACUCAAUAAAUGGAUCUUGAAAGUAA